UCUGAUGACAAUUGAAGGACAGAAAGAAAAAAAUAGACAUGAAAAAAUUGAGAAAAAAAACUGAGAAGUAGUAGUAAUCUACAUUCAUACAGCAUACAGCAAAAUAUAUAAUACAACUGGUUUGAAAUGUCCCUCAAAACCUGGAAACAUGUCUCCUAAUAUUGUGCUGAAAUUAUGCACCACCACACACUACAACUACCUUCUAAAGAUCUAGAACUUACAGCAAAAUAAUCUACAGAUUACAGCAAAAAAUCAAGACCAAAAAAACUGUCAAGCUGACAACAGUUAGCAUCACUGAAAACAACAUCCUUCAUCAUCUACUUUACCCCAAAAAAAAUCGAGAAAAUGACAAAAAUAAUGUUUGAUAAAUUCAGUGUUCCAGCCAUAUAUGUUGCAAUGCAGGUUGUUCUCUGUCAUCUUGGUAGUGGUAGCACAACUGGCAUUAUGCUUUAUUCUGGUGAUAGUAUGAGCCACUCUGUCCCCAUCUACGAGGGACAUUCAAUUCCUCAUGCUAUCUCACGGUUAAGUCUUGCUGGUAGUGAUAUUACAGAUUAUCUCUGCAAGAUUUCCACCAAGAAGGGUUAUGCAUUUACAUAUAAAUGUGCAAUGGACUUAAAUGUUGCUUAUCGUAUGAAGGAGACAAUUACUUACGUUGCGCUGAAUUUUGAACAGGAAAUUGAGAAGGCAAAAAAUAGAUCUUCAGUUGAGCAAGGCUUUAAGCUUCUUGAUGGAGAAGUCAUUAAUGUUGGUGCUGAGAGGUUCCGUUGUCCUGAAGUCCUAUUCCAGCCAUCAUUGGUUGGAAAGGAACCUAUAGGAAUUCAUGAAAAAACCUACAGCUCAAUCAUGAGAUGUGAUGUUGAUAUCAAGAAGAAUUUAUUUGCAAACAUUGUGCAUAAUGGUGGCUCAACUAUGUUUCUUGGCUUAGCAGAACGUAUGAACCAGGAAAUAUUUGCUCUUGCUCCAAGCAACAUGAGGAUCGAGGUGCACACUACAAGAAAAUGGUAAAAUUGUGACGGAAAAUUUGUGACGGAACACUUCAAUUACAAAUUGUGACAGAAUUUUGAUGAAUUUGUGAUGCAUCAUUAUUGCAUAAAUAUAAAAAUUUUAAAAUAUUUUAUUUUUACAUAAAAAUUCGAAGAGUAAUAGAUUUGUGACAAAUUUUCAAUAUAAUUUUGG